AUGAGUUGGAAGGGGUUCACGAAAGCAGUCUCACGAGCUCCUCAGCAGUUCAAAGGCAAGUUCAACAUCGGAGAUUCCACCAAAGAUCCCGUCUACCUCGAUGCCGAGCGCCGUUUCAAGGAACUCGAACAAGAAUGCAAGAAGCUCCAUGAAGACUCGAAGAAGUACACUAGCUCUAUCAAUGGCAUGUUGAAUCAUCAGAUUGAGUUCUCGAAGGCGAUUAAGGAGAUUUAUAAGCCUAUCUCGGGACGAUUGAGUGAUCCGAACUCGAUCAAGGAUGAGGGAAACGCUGCAGGUAUUCAGGCAUGUGAGGAGUACGAGGCGAUCGUGCGCGAACUGCAAACGACUCUUGCGCCGGAAUUGGAGAUGAUUGAGUCGCGUAUUGUCAAGCCUGCCGAGGAGUUGUUGCAGAUCAUCAAGCUCGUCCGCAAGAUGGCCAUGAAACGCGACCACAAGCAAUUGGACUACGACCGCCAUCGCGCCUCCGUCAAGAAGAUUGAAGAUAAGAAAGAGAAAUCCAUGAAAGACGAGCGAGCACUCUACAAAGCCCAGAAUGACCUCGAGCAAUCGACACAGGAGUUCGAGUACUUCAACGAGAUGCUUAAAGCCGAGCUUCCCGAGUUGUUUGCAUUGGAAGUGGAGUUCAUCAAACCCUUGUUCCAGUCUUUCUACUAUAUGCAGCUCAACAUCUUCUACACCCUCUCCGAGCGUAUGCGAAACGUCGAUAUCGGAUACUUCGACCUCGGCGCCGACAUCGAAGAAGCCUACCACGCCAAACGCGGAGAUGUCCAAGACCACGCAGAAGCUCUCUCCAUCUGUAAAUUCAAGACCACCGGUCGGCCAACUACCGUCGGCAAAUUCGGACCCGGGAAAUUCGACAAGAGCAAAUUCAUGGGCGGGAAGACUAGUCCCUCGAGCCUGGAACGACCAUCCUACGAUGCUCUUCCACCAUACUCACCCCCACCAACCCAAAACUCGUACGGCGCAUACGCCGCAGACGCCAAAGCCGGCGGCGUGGGCCGCUCCAACACAACCACCGCCCGGUUCUCCGGUUCCAACGCGGCCGCAAAGAAGAAACCCCCACCGCCGCCCCCGACGAAACCGAAGGCGUUGUCAGCGCCCACGGAGUGGUGUGUCGCGUUGUAUGAUUACGUGGCCCAGGCGGCUGGUGAUUUGAGUUUUAGUGCUGGGGAUAGGAUUGAGGUGCUUAGGAGGACGGAUGAUGUUAAUGAGUGGUGGACGGGGAGCUUGGGUGGAGCUGAGGGGGUGUUUCCUGCGAAUUAUGUGCAGUUGGGAUAG